AUGUCCCAGGAUUUUGUAUUCGACAACUCCGAUACCAGAGGGCUCUUUCUUUCUGUCCGAUCUGUCGCUCCUAAGAACUUGCACUUCGUCAGUCUUGGGAAGCUCGUGUGCGACAAGUUCCUGGCACUCUCGAGGAUGAAACUGUGGUGGAUGAAUCCGUCAUGGGGUUCUAAGAGUGAGGACAUCCCCCCUGAGACUCAAUUUCUUCUUCUGCGCCUUUCAAAGGCUGACUCCGAGGAAGAGAAAUACGCGGUUGUGCUACCUAUCAUCAGCGGAGCCUUCCGGUCAUGCAUCGUUUCUGGCAGGAACAAAGGUAUCAUCUCUUUGAGGGUAGAGAGUGGAGACAGCAAAGUCGAUUCAAAUCUCGUUCAAGACAUUGCAUUCGUGGCUGUUGGCAAAAACCCAUACGAUCUGAUCCAUCAGAGCAUGGCAGCGGCUUCGGACAGGAUGAAGACCUUCAAACUUAGGAAGUACAAGUCAUUCCCUGCCUCCUUGGACAGCUUCGGAUGGUGCACCUGGGAUGCGUUCUACAGCUCAGUGGAUGGACCUGGCAUCCUGCAAGGAGUGGAAGCUCUUGCUGCGGGAGGGACUCCUGCGCGUACCUUGAUCAUUGAUGACGGAUGGCAAGAUACUACUUUUGUUGAGGAGGACGACCACUUACCCAUGGACGACUGGGUGAAGCGGCUCAGGUCGGCAGAAGCAGGAGAGAGAUUUGUUGCCUCCCUGCAGGACGGAAGCUUCAAGGCUUUUAUUGAGCGGCUCAAGGAGAAGCAUGGCAUUCACAUCGUCUACUGUUGGCAUGCUCUCAUGGGCUACUGGUCGGGCGUCCACGUGGGCAAGCCAGCGGUAGCCAGCAUGGAUCCGAACAUCAGGACCCCGGGGCCAAUGUCCGGCAUUCUGCACGUUGAACCAACUCUCGCGUGGGACGCUCUCAUCCUGAAUGGUGUUGGUCUGCCCCACAUUGACAAAGUAGACGAUCUCUACAACUCUCUGCACGCCUACCUCAAGUCGAGCGGAGUGGAUGGAGUGAAGGUAGACGGUCAAGCUGCUCUCACCAUGCUCGGUGGAGGACUAGGAGGAAGUGCUGCAACUACUCGUCGGUUCGUUCAGGCCAUGGAAAAGUCUGUCGUUCAUCACUUCGGCUCCGACAUGAAUUGCAUCAACUGCAUGUGUCAUCCUACCGAGUGUCUCUACUCUUACAACGUCACCUCUGUCGCUCGGGCCUCCGACGAUUUUUGGCCUCGGGAUCCAGCAUCACAUACCGUUCACGUCGCAAAUGUUGCCUACAAUAGCCUCUUCAUUGGAGAGAUCGCUCAGCCUGACUGGGAUAUGUUCCAGAGCAAGAACGAGGUCGCCACACUUCAUGCUGUAGCUCGAUCUGUCGGAGGAUGCUCCGUCUAUGUCAGCGAUCGACCAGGAGAGCAUGACUUCGACCUCCUCAAGAGGCUUGUCCUUCCUGAUGGAAAGAUUCUCCGUGCUUCGCUCCCUGGCCGUCCUACCCGCGACAGCAUCUUUGCCGACGUCACUAGCGAUGGCCUUUCUCCCCUCAAAGUCUGGAAUUGGAACUCCUGCAAUGGAGUUGUCGCAGCUUUUAACCUCCAGGGAGCAUCUUGGAACAGGUCUGUUCGAAAGAAUGUCAUCCAUGAUGGAGAGAUUCCGACUGUGAGCUCCAAAUUCGCGCUGAAGGAUCUUGAGGAGCGAGAGGGACGAGAGACUUCCUCAGGAAGGUGGUCUGUACUCAAGACCCUCUGGUCCCGCGAUGUUUCUCUUCGCUGCUCUCGGUCUGGAGAACAUGUUCAAUGCUGGAGGGGCAAUUCUGUCCUCCUCCCUCACACAGGAUGA